CGGUAGUUUCCGUCUCAUGUUCGUAGCAUAGCGACACCGGUAGAGUUUGACGUGGCACUCAGCUUCCACUGAGGGCAAUAGGGAAGAGAGGGGGACGAGAACUCUGCCCUAUUCAGGUUUUCAGUGGUUCAAUUUGGAAUGAGAGCAAAGUAGAAGUCAUUCUAGGAAUGAGUCAACAGGGUUAUGUCGCUGCACCCCCAUACUCCCAGGCCCAGCCAGGGAUGGGGGGCUACCAAGCUGGAUUCGGGAGUGGUCCUACACAGCCCCUCUACGGGCAUUAUGGAGGACCACCUCAGACUUUUAGCACUCAACCAACAGGUAUGAUGAAGUCACCAGUGUCCUCAGCUGCUGGUAUGCCUCCACCUCCAGUGUCCAGCCAAUAUAAUCCAAAUAUCCAGCAGAAUGGCACUCAUCCACAGAGGUAUCCUUCUUCACCUGCUGCUGCUGCUGCUGCUUAUGGUCCACCACCCAUGUCUCAGUACAACAGCACAGCUUCACCUGGCCCACCAGCAGCUCAGCAGCUCAGUAAUCAGAUGAAUGCUAUGAAUUUGAGCAGCCACGGACCCAUGCAAGGCCAGGCUCUACCUACCAGCCCUGUAACACACCAGCCUUACCAAAUGUCUGCUCCACCAGCCAUAGGCCAACCACGCAUGCCUCCUGGCCCCCAACCAUCAUCUCCUCAAAUGGCUCCUCUGCAGUCACCCACUGCUAACAUGGGAGGCAUGAUCAGACCUUUUUCUGGGCCACCUCCUCCAGGGGCUGGAGGUUUUCAGCAGCCAGGUCUCGGAAGUGGUGGUCCAGGUUUUCAGCAGCUUGGGCCUGAAGGUGCCGGUCAAGGAUUCCAACAGCCUAGUCUCACAGGUGGUGUUCCAGGUUUCCAGCAGCCUGGUCUUGGAGUUGCUGGUCCACCAGGAUACCCACAGCAACCUGGUCAAUUUGGGGGACACAUGGCUGGACCCCAGCCAGGCAUGCCAGGGGCCUUUCCAGGAGGACAAUCCGCAAUGGCGGGCCCACCACAGAAAAAACUGGACCCAGAGUCUAUCCCAAGCAUAACCCAAAUCAUUGAAGAAGACAAAGUUGCCAGAGGAGGACAUGUGUACAGCACAAAUAUAAGAGGACAAGUUCCACCACUGGUCACCACUGACUUCACAGUACAGGACCAAGGCAACGCCAGCCCUCGGUUCAUCCGCUGCACCACCUACUCUCUGCCCUGCACCGCUGAUCUGGCCAAACAAUGCCAAGUGCCCAUGGCUUGCAUCAUUAAGCCCUUGGCCAGUGUGCCAAAGGAUGAGACUCCGUUAUACCUUGUUAACCAUGGAGAGACUGGCCCCAUCCGCUGCAAUCGAUGCAAGGCCUACAUGUGUCCCUACAUGCAAUUCGUUGAUGGUGGCCGUCGCUUUCAAUGUGCUUUCUGCAACUGUGUCAACGAAGUGCCAGUCUUCUUUUUUCAACAUCUUGACCAUAUGGGGCGUAGAGUUGACUUCUACGAGAGGCCAGAGUUGUCCUUGGGAUCCUGCGAGUUUGUGGCAACCUUGGACUACUGCAAGAACAACAAGCCUCCAAAUCCUCCUGCCUACAUCUUUAUGAUUGAUGUGUCCUACACAAACAUCAAGAGUGGUCUGGUCAAGCUGAUAUGUGAAGAGCUUAAGAGUCUGCUGGAGAAACUGCCAAGGGAGGAUGGUGCAGAGAACUCUGUGAUUAAAGUGGGCUUUGUCACUUACAACAAGGUUCUCCACUUCUACAAUGUAAAGAGUGCUCUGGCCCAGCCACAGAUGAUGGUGGUUUCAGACACGGCCGAGAUGUUCGUCCCACUGCUCGAUGGCUUCCUGGUCAACUACAAUGAAUCCAAGGCUGUUAUCUACAACCUCCUGGACCAGAUCCCUGACAUGUUUGCAGACACCAGCGAGAGUGAAACAGUUUUUGCCCCCGUCAUCCAGGCUGGAGUGGAGGCAUUUAAGGCAGCAGAAUGCAGUGGCAAACUCUUCAUCUUCCAGUCCUCCAUGCCCACCGCUGAGGCUCCAGGCAAACUCAAGAACAGGGAUGACAAAAAGCUGGUCAACACAGAGAAAGAGAAGCUGUUGUUCCAGCCUCAGAAGGCUGUGUACGAGCAGCUGUCUAAAGACUGUGUGGCACAGGGUUGCAGUGUUGAUCUCUUCCUCUUCCCCAGCCAGUACGUGGACCUGGCAACCAUGGCCGAUGUGCCCUCUCACACUGGGGGCUCUGUGCACAAGUACAGUAACUUUCAGGUGGAGACGGAUGGUGAGCAUUUUCUGAGAGACCUGAGGAAAGAAGUACAAAAGAGCAUUGGAUUUGAUGCCAUCAUGCGUGUUCGCACCAGUACAGGUUUUAGAGCCACAGACUUCUUUGGUGCCAUCCAUAUGAACAACACCACAGAUAUAGAGAUGGCAGCGCUGGAUUGUGACCAGGCUUUGACUGUCGAGUUCAAGCAUGAUGACACACUCAGUGAAGAAACUGGGGCUUUUAUACAGUGUGCCUUGCUGUACACCAACAUCAGUGGACAGAGGCGGCUGCGUAUCCACAACCUUAGCCUGAACUGCAGCACGCAGUUGUCAGAACUGUACAAGAACUGUGAGACAGACUCACUCAUCAACUUCUUUGCCAAAUCAGCUUACCGUGCCAUCUUGAACCAGCCUCUGAAGAAUGUAAGGGAGAUUCUGGUCAACCAGACAGCUCACAUGUUGGCAUGUUACAGAAAGAACUGUGCCUCUCCCUCUGCUGCCAGCCAGCUGGUUCUACCCAACUCCAUGAAGGUUUUCCCAGUCUACAUGAACAGCCUAAUGAAAACUGCUCCCCUAGUGGGCAGCACAGAGUUGGCUACAGAUGACAGAGCCUAUCAUAGGCUCUCAGUCAUGGCUAUGGGCGUAGAGGACACACAACUUCUGCUCUACCCUCGCCUCAUCCCACUGCACAACAUGGACAUGAACAGUGAGGCUCUGCCUGCUCCAGUUCGAUGUUCAGAGGAGUCUCUUGCAGACCAAGGAAUGUUCCUGCUGGAGAACGGUCACGCCAUGUUUCUGUGGUUGGGCCAAGCCAGCUCGCCUGAACUCAUCCAGAAUGUUUUCAACGUGCCCUCACUCGCCCACCUGCAAGCGAACGUGUGUUCCCUGCCAGAGCUGGACAACCAGUUGUCAAAGAAAAUCCGUUCCACCAUCAGUGAUCUGCUGGAAGAGAGGCCGAAUUCCAUGAAGCUGGUGAUUGUGAGACAGAAGGACAAACCAGAGAUACUAUUCCGUCAGUUUUUGGUGGAGGAUAAAGGUCUGCACGGUGGUGCUUCCUACAUGGACUUCCUCUGCUACGUUUACAGAGAGAUCCGACAGUUGCUCACUUAAUUGGGGAAGUUUGGCUGCAGUGUUGCUGUCCAGACUGGCUAGGCAAGCAACACAGCGCCUAAUGGACCGAGCACCAGUUUUCAUGGCCAGUCUCAGCUGGUUUUAAUUAAAUUUUUAAAGGACAGUCUUUUUAAAGGAUGGUGCUUCAUAAAGACACGAGGAGGGAACCACAAUCCAGGAGUUACCACGUCUUUACCCACUUGCUGCCUUUUCUAUCUGCCUGUCAGCGAUUACUAUACAUAGUAGUGGGAUUCUGCAAGUUAUCACUUGAGGAACAUCGGACCAAACUGCAGGAAUGAAACGUGAAUUUCCUAUACAGAAAACUAAGAGGACAGUGGAAGCUGGAAUUACAUCUGAAAUUUCAAAGUCAGUUUUUAUUUUCACCUAAUUUUAGUUACAUUUACAGUCAGCAUUACAGUAGAUGUAGAAGUCAUUUCAAAAAUGUGUCAGUGUUUGUUUCCAAAAACAUUGACUGUGAUUUUAAUAAUGAAUUUCAACAACAAUGAAUGCAAAGAAUUGUAUAAUAUUUAAAUAAUUUCAAGUGCCAUGUAUUUCAUUCACACCAGGGCAACAUAUUUUUAUAAUUUAACAGCUGUUUGCCAAGAUUGAAAAUGUUCCCUUUUGUUACACCAUGUUCAAAUCCAAGCAUUUCAAUCACACGUGACCUGACCAGAAAUUCUUUGACCUUUUAUGGCUGAGACUUGGUCUUCAACAGUAAGCAGUGAUGCAGAAAACAUUCUGUUUUGAUGUUGAGGGGAAUAAAGGGAAAUGAACACAGCUGCAGUUCUGCAGGAGACCAGAGACAACCGCACUUUGCUAGGGUGAAAAGGAAUUUCUCCUAAAAUAGUUCCUAGUUGACUUAAUUUAACAAUAGUGAAAAACAACAAACAAGAUUGCUGGAAGAGGAAAGAUGACUGGGACCAAACUAAGUUUUAUAACGAUUAUUUUCACAAUUAAUAUCAGGAGGUGGACCAAACUCUCUUUUUUGUUAGGAUUAUUUGAACAAAUAAAAAAAUUCCAGUUGAAACCCAUUUACCUUGCUGGGCCCUUCCGGCAAUAGCUUCUCAAACCCUUGAAGGGCCUGCCCCCCCCACAUUGGGAACCACUGAACUAAACUUUUUUUUUUAAACUUUAUAUACACUUUUAAACUAUCCAUAAAGUCUAUAUUAUAUUAUCGCUAUUCAUUUUUACAGCAACCAAUGUCUGCUCAGAUUCAUAUUUCAAAUUGAUAAGUCCAUUAUGAUCUUGUCUCGUAAAGGUGUUCUGUACAUUUAAAAAAUGCACAACUUGUGUUUUUGAACCUGCACUACCAUAGUUGCUAUAACAGUGAUAUGUCCAAGAGUAUGGCUCAUUUCACUCUAGAGUUUUCAGUUCAUCAGUAAACUUAUCUCAGGUGAUUUCAGUUCUUUUGUGCUAUGUUAGCCUUAGAAGCAGCAUUUUCAAUUAAAAAUGGGAAUAAUAUCCGAUACUAUUUUAGAGCCAACUCUUGUGUUCUGUUUCCAAACAAAACCUUUGCCAAUAAAUCUGUGACUCCUUUCAGUGCCAUUAUUUGCCGAUUACACGAUGAUGAAGACUUAUAUAUACUUUAACUACAUAUUUAUAGGCAUAAUGUUAUGAAUGCCAUGUGAUUAGAGACUUCAAAGCAGCAAAAUAGAGAUUUGCAUCAUCUUUUUAACACCACAAGGGGGAGUCAGAGGACAGAUUAUUUGUGUAAAUUUUAAGCAUAAAACUUUAAUACAUUUUAUUAAUUAAUACAUUUUAUUAAAAAACUUGACAUGAACAUUUUAAUUAUAUAAUUAUACAAUACGAAAAUAAAUAUAUAAUUAUAUCUAAUUAUAUAUUUCAUAUUGUUUAAAGAACAGUUGAAUCCUGCUAGCAAAAGAAAAAAAAAUAUUUUCCAAGUGCUCUAAAGUCACCACUAGAAUCCAUUAUUCAUCGUAAAAAAUAUGUUUUAAAAAACAUAGCCAUUAAAUGCACACAAAUAUGUAGUGCAAAACUAAUUUGAUUGACCUAAGUUCGUGUCCAAAUAGACUUGUAUUGUCCAAUUUACACCACAUGGGGGAGCUAGGACUGUUUUACAAUGCAGCAUAUGUAUUGUGUCACAUUUGUUUCCUGCAAGCCAAUUUUAAUGUAAUUAAAAAAAAUGUGAUGAAUAUAAUUUUAUUUUUCCAGUUUGGACUUAAUUCAAUAUUCAUCAUCUCUAAAUGUGUAAAAAGAACAAUAAUUUUCCUUUACUCAGUGUGUGACCCCACUGUUUUAAUUUGCAAUCAUCUCUACCCCUCUAAUGCAUGACAAAUAUUCAUUCAUACCUAUUCAUUUCCUAUGUUAUUUGAGUAUGUCUUUGACACCAUUAUAUAUUAUCAUUAAAUAAUCCAAAUGUUAAGCAAAUAUAUAUAUUUUUGACUGGUGCUAUUUUUUUUACUUUAUGAACUAGUUUUACAUCUGUAUGUCUACAAGUUUGCACACAAUUAAAAAAUGACCCACAUGAAUGUUCAGUGCUAUUUGGUAGAAACAAAUGUCAUUUGUCCAUGUUUAAAUUAGGAUUUGUAUUUGCUGCAGAUCUCUAAUUGCCAUACAAAUCACAUGUUUGUUUUAACAUUCAUAUCUUUCCAAAGAAAACAUGUGAACACAGGCUAAAACAUCAGUCUAUUAGCUCAGAAAGGGAAAUAAUAA